CGAUGUUAGUAAUACUAUUAAAUAACUAGUUACUAAUUGUACAUACAUACAUACAUACAUACAUACAUUUAACUGUAUUACUAUACUCCACUGCGGGUAACUUCCCCAUUAGGCUGCGAAGACCAUACAAAUAAAUUUUUGUUAACAUAGUCAUAGUUAACUAUAUAGUACUACAACUACUAAACGUUUAAAGACAUGAAUGUAUACUUUGAAUCAGAAAGAUUCUUAAAGCCAGGUAGAGGAUCUCUUCAGUCACGGAUCUUUAAUGAUAAAAAAUUAAAAAAUUCUCCUAAACAUGUUUAUGCUUUAGUAUAUUCUACAUUAAAAUAUAAAGAAUAUAUUCAAAUAGUAAUUAAGAAAUCUAAAAUAAAAGAAGUUAUUAAGACUAAGAAAUUAAAGAUUACUGAUGAUUUACUUCUAUUAUUGGUUCAUGAUUUAAUUUUCUCUCUGAAGGGAAGAAUUCAAAUGGGUAAUCAUCCAAUAAAGGAUGCUAUACUUAAAAAUAAGACUCGAUUACAAGCCGAAUUUACAAAAUUGAAAUUAAAAUAUAAAGUACGAUCAGUUGAUGGAUUACCAGUACAAUUGACUGAUGAUGAUGAAACUCCAGUACGAUGGUUUAGAAUUAAUACUAUAUUGACAUCACCUAAACAAUUUUAUAUUGAUCAUGAAUUCUUUAGAAAUUUGCAGCCGGUUAGUUCUAUACAAGAAUUAAAUCAAACUGGUGUUAUAUAUCAGGAUGAUUAUAUAACUAAUUUAUAUGGUGUUCAUCCUCGUGAAAAAAUUACUUCGACUCCUGCUUAUGAAAGAGGUGAAGUUAUUAUUCAAGAUCGUGCUUCUUGUUUCCCAGCUCAUAUCUUGAAUCAAAAUCCUAAUGAUAUUCACAAAUAUGUCAUUGAUGCAUGUGCAGCUCCAGGAAAUAAAACUACUCAUUGUGCUUCACUUUUACCUCCCGACCAAUCAGAUGCUGUCGUCUAUGCCUUUGAAAGAGAUACUAAAAGAGUAGAAAUACUUAAAACCAUGUGUGGAAGAGCCUUGGGUAAAGAUAAAAAAUCUUUAAUUCAAAUUACUCAUGCUGAUUUCACUACUACUGAUCCAAAGGAUUUUAAAGAUGUUACAGGUUUAGUAGUUGAUCCUUCAUGUAGUGGUUCAGGAAUCUUUGGUAGAGCUCUUGAAGAUGCUCAAAAGGAAGAAGCAGCUGAAGAACAAGUCGAUACAGAAAGAUUAACCAAAUUAGCAGGUUUCCAAUUUAAAAUUGUUAAGCAUGCAAUGAAAUUCCCUAGUGCUAGAAAAGUUGUAUAUUCUACCUGUUCUAUUCAUCCUCAUGAAAAUGAAAGAGUAGUAGUUGAUUUAUUACUCGAUCCAGAAAUAAAGAGUGCAGGAUGGAGAUUAGACAAAAGAGAAAACGUAAUACCUAAUUGGGAACGUCGGGGAUGGAAAGAAGAAUUUACUUCUUUAGCAGAUGGUGAUGAGAAGAAAUGCGAACAGCUUGCAGGAGGCUGCGUAAGAAGUGUACCAAAAGAAGACGGUGGUAUUGGGUUCUUUGCUGCAUGUUUUGUGAGAGAUAUCUGAUAAGUGCAAAAGCCCAGAACUUGUUCUUUUUCCUUAUCUUAUCGAAAAAGUGCACCCCAAACUUUUGAUUGGAAUUGGCCAAUAGGACUCAACUACUGAAAGAUAGACGAAACGGCUUUAGUGGGUUUAAUCGGAAAGUAGAAUAAGGGGGUAGAUAAAGGUAGUAUAGAGGGGGACCGAUUGUCAAUUCCGACUUGUGUCGCGUCAAAGAUAAAUGCACAGAAAGUAUUAUUAUCAAUAAUAAUUAUUAUCGAUCUGGUCUGAAGCUAAAAUUGCAGAAGCAGCAGUAUUUAUCCGUAACAAUAGAUGUAAUUAAGACGAUCUUGUUACUAAUUACGAAGGU